GUCAAAGUUAUUAUUGUUUCUUGUUACCAUAUGUUUUUAGUGUGGGAAAUCUAAUCGACUUUAGAUUUCAAAUAAUUCAAAAUGAGUACUGUAGAAGAACUUGAAGCAAUUGUGGCAAAACUAGAAAGCAAACUAUCAGCUCUGACUCAAAAAAAUGUCCCCAGGGGAAAGAUCCAACAAAUGUCGUCAGAAGUUGUUGAUUCCAACCCCUACAGUCGGUUGAUGGCUUUGAAGCGUAUGGGAAUAGUUAAUAAUUAUGAGAGAAUAAGAGACUACACAGUAGCUGUAGUAGGAGUUGGUGGAGUUGGAAGUGUCACUGCAGAGAUGUUGACAAGAUGUGGUAUAGGAAGGCUGAUCUUAUUCGAUUAUGACAAGGUAGAACUUGCCAAUAUGAACAGAUUAUUUUUCCAACCACACCAGUCAGGUUUGAGCAAAGUAGAGGCUGCUGCUGAGACUCUAAGAAACAUUAAUCCUGAUGUUGAUAUCCUAACUUUCAAUUAUAACAUAACAACUGUUGAAAAUUUCGAUAAUUUCACCAAUGUUCUGAACACAAGCAGUAUUACAAAUGGACCAGUGGAUUUGGUACUGAGUUGUGUAGACAAUUUUGAAGCAAGAUUUGCUAUAAAUACUGCCUGCAAUGAAUUUAAUUUGACAUGGUUUGAAUCAGGUGUAUCAGAAAAUGCUGUUUCUGGACACAUUCAGUUCAUUGUUCCUGGAGAAACUGCAUGUUUUGCAUGUGCACCACCAUUGAUUGUUGCAUCUAAUAUAGAUGAAAAAACACUGAAACGUGAUGGAGUUUGUGCAGCUAGUCUUCCAACAACAAUGGGCAUUGUUGCAGGUUUUCUUGUUCAAAACACCUUGAAAUAUCUUCUUCAGUUUGGUCAAGUCACUCACUAUUUAGGCUACAGUGCACUGACUGAUUUUUUCCCCACUAUGGGUUUGAAACCAAACCCCAAUUGUGAAGACUCUCAUUGUAGACUGAGGCAGAAAGAAUUUGUUGCAAAGCCUAAAACUGAAAUGGCUGUGGAAGCUAAAGAAGAAGAAAAGCCAAUUCAUGAAGAUAAUGAAUGGGGAAUUAGUCUUGUGAAUGAAAGUGUGGAGGAAAAGGAACAAGUAAAUGUUAGUGAAGGUGUUCAAUUAGCCUACACACUCCCAAGUCAAAGUAGUAUUGCAGAAUGUGAAGAGGCAACUGUUUCAGAUGAUGUUAGUUUGGAUGAACUCAUGGCUCAAAUGAAAUCUAUAUAACAAUAGGGUUUUGUACCAUGACAAGAAACUCAAUAAAACUUAAUGGUAAUUUGCAAAUGGAAUGCUUCAUUGAAUUUUUCAGUUACAAAUUUGUAUGUUUUUUUACCUUUUGAUAGUUUUGAUUAUAUUUUUGAAAUUAUUUAUUGUUACUGUUCAUCAAAAAGAAAUGUUUUAUAUGCUUUUGAGUGUUAUUUAUAUUCACAAUAUUUAGUGAAUUUCAUUUAAUUGAACUGAAAACUUAAAUAGAAAAUUAUGGAGAU